CAUGUAACCUUACUGACUCACAGGGAAACACAGACACUUGUUAGUGUUACCAUGCUAUACCAGAUUUAUACUACAUUAUAUUUACUUGGUUUCCUAUCCACUAUGGUUUCUUCCUAUUUUAUCGGUUAAUAUUUUAUAGGAAUCACAUUUAUUCAAUUAUCACUUUAGUUUUAAAAUUUAAACUAUUAUAUCUUUGCUAGGAGUCAUAUUUAAUUGGAGAAUCUCUAACCCCGUUUCUUGGGUCUCUUAUAUAUCAUGUGCAUUGUUAAAAUCGUCACAUGUUUUCUUAGAUGUAUUUUUAGAAGUAUUUUUUAUUUAUUUUAAAGUUCAUUUGAUCCGUAGGUAUAUCUAUGAAAGACUUCCAGCGAUGCAUCUACGGAAGCAUUUGAUCUUAUAUUCGCGUCAGACUCUUCUCCUCCCUCAUUCUUCACUUUUUAUCUUCUUCACACUCUCAAACUCUCUCAACUUCAAAAAUCAAAAUCCACCAAAGUUGUUUUUUUCUCCAAACUUCGGCUCUAAAUGUGUGCAUCAACGAUCGACACAUUCCAACAACUUCAAAACUCAAUUUAAUCGGGCCGACCAAUUAGAUAAACUUAUACGUGGAAGGGUUGCACAGCAUGCCUCCGUACGACGUGCACGGAUGGAGGUAGUUUCACAAGUGACAGAUGGAUCCGCCGUUCCAGUAGAUGUACCUAAUACAUCCUUUCCAGUAGAGAUACCUGGUACAUCCGUUCCAACAGAUGUACUUGAUACAUCUGUUUCCGUAGAUGGGCCUUCCACAUCUACUACUUCAUCCCGGAGGCCUCGUGAUGAUGGUGAGGAUUCCUCACAGACGCCCUCCGCUCACAGACGUCGUCGGGUCACUUCUUCUACUCUUGUGCCACCUCCAACCGAUGUUGGAUCUUCUGAGCCAACUCCUGAUGGUAUUGAUCCAUUACACGAGGAGGCUGAUGCGCUCGUGGGUUACCUAGGGGGUCCUUCAAAUUUUCCCUAUUGACAGGGUAUGCAAAUCAUACAGCCAGACAUGUCUGGGACUAAGAGGAUAGGGAUCUCCAGAAGUUCUACAACCACGGUCGGCACACACAGUAGUGAUGUCUGUGAUUUUAUUGAUGCCUGUAUUUUGAUUAUAUUUUUGUACUUUGUUUUGAUUAUGUAUUUGACACUAUUUGGAUGAUUUAUACGAUGUAUUCUUUUGGUGAACUAUAUUCCAUUGCCUUUAAAUUGCACUAGUUUGAUGUACUAUAAUUUGAUGUUCCAUUUUUGUUAAA